AUGUCAGCCAAGAGGGCGAAGAAGUCGGUCCCCCCCGAUGCGGCCGCAACAGCAGCCAUCGCUGCUCUGAGCGCGCUGGCACUUGCGCCGUCAGAUGCACUCAGUCCCCCAAGUGAGCUAAGACAGUUGAUCUGCCCAGGCCUACAUCUGCAAGGCAACCAUAAAGAGAUGGAAGCCGCCAGAAUCGACCUCGUCGAAACCGAAGACGAAGAUCAGUCGAGCGAAAGUGGUGACAAGGCUCACACAGAAAAGCACAAGGAGCGCGAUGAUGACGCAGCAAGCGACCUAAUCCAACUACCAAAGGGCAAAUACAUACACAUCAGUAUGUAUCUGGGCGACGAGUGGCAAGAGGCCAUUGUUGCCCUAGAUAACGUGACACCCGUCGAUAUCGUUGGUCUGCGUUUUACACCACACGCGUGGCAAAAGAAAGGCGCAGCGCAAGGUCAUUGGCUCUGCGAGCAGCCGAAGUUUAAGAUUUUCUUUUGCGGUGAUGAGAUGGGAUUGGGUAAGACAAAUCUCGCCGUGAUGAUGAUCAAGCUGGCUCAACCCCAGCGAGGGUUUUGCCUCGUCGUAGCACCCAAGACAGUCGGUCAACAAUGGGCGGAUGAGUGCAAUGGAGCAUUUGAAAAGCAAGAAGCACUACGAGUAGUGCGCGUGACAGACUCGAGGAUGACGGCGCACCAGCUCUUCGCCCAGAAACCAGAUGUGGUGAUUGUAUCUUAUGAGCUGGUCGAGAAUAUUCAUCGCAGCUACCUCAAGGCCAAGGGACGUGCCACCUCAUUUCUUCACACCGAGUUUUGGCAACGGCAAGAUUACCCGAUCAAGCGGCUAUUCUUGGACGAAGCCCAUCGCACCAACAACACAAAGUCGAAGCGCUAUCACUCACUACGGACCAUCCCCGCCCAAGCCACAGUCAUGCUGUCGGGAACGUUUCCGCAUAAUAAAUGGAAUGGGUGGGCGGGCCCGGUUUCAUUCAUCAAGCACCAGCCGAUCAAGGACAUUGGAUCCUUCAACAGACUCUUCGGCUCAUGGGAUUACAAUGGCAGACUGGAGCCGGAGCCAGCUAUGGCCAGGCUCAGGCUCCUACAACGCUUCCUGAUGAGAUUCACCGUGGCGAGGCCGGCUGCUGUCCUAGAAUUACCCGGGGUUGAGCAUUGGAAGUCGACCUUCGAGCUCAACAAGGAUGAUGCGAAUCUCAGCGAGAAUCAUUACCUCUCAUACAUACAGGCGCAGCAGUCGGAACAAGCAAAGAGCGAGAAGAAGGCGAAGGGCAAGAAGGGCAAGCGAAAGAGGGCGGAAAUCGAGGGCAUCGAGUUUGGUAAGAAGGAAGACUCGCUGCAGGUACUCGUCCACGCCAUCAGGGCACAGCAGGCAUCACUCCACCCAAUUCUGCUCGAUAAGCGAUUCCAAGCGAAGAAGAAGCUCGGCUUCAUCAUCGACGACGCCGACGACGCCGACUACGCCGAAGAGGACGACGGUGACUUUUCUGGCGGCGACGACGAAGACGAAGACGACGACGACACCGAAGAGGACGACGGUGACUUCUCUGGCGGCGAAGACGACGACGAAGAGACAAGCCGAGGAAACCUCGAGUCGACUACUGCAGCGCCAGUCAAGCCUGUACACAAGUUCAGCCAGGCCGAAAUGGACGCUAUUCACGAAAGACUCCACGGUGACCGCUCUGAAGAGGAGCAAAACGGUCGAAAGGCUUGGCUCAAGCACCUCAAGGAGAACGUCAACGUACCAUUUGAAUCUGGACGAGUGCAACGCGUGCUGCGACUUUACACCCACCUCCGCAAGAAAUACCCGCUACGAAAGAUGGUCAUUUCAUCACAGUACCUGAGGUUUUUAGACUUGGUGAAGUCAGCGCUGCUUCAGCAGGAGGGUAUCGAGGGCCUCGAUUACAACGGAGUGAUGGCGGACAGCCAGAGGCAGGCCAAUCUCGUAACAUUCAGAUCAUCCUCCACUACCCCGUCAAAGCCACUUUUUCUCUCCGGAAAGGCCGGUGGAGAAGGCAUCAAUAUCCCAGAGGCCUCCAUCAUGAUCCAAACCGAAGUAUGGUGGAAUCGGAAUGCCGAGUUGCAACUUUACAGUCGGCUCCUUCGUCCCGGCCAGCCGUAUACCGUCAUCGUCAUUCGACUGCAAGCGUUGGAAUGCAGUAUUGAUGACUGUAUCAUCAAUAUCCAGUCGAAGAAGAAGACCGUCAACACUGUCUUGAUGCGACCGUUGGUACGCCCUCACGAUGAGCCGCCCAAGGUCCCGGAUAUGUCAUUUCCGCCGCAGUGGUACGUUCAGACAAGCGAGGAGGAGGAGGGAGACGAGGAGGACGAGGAGGACGAGGAGGACGAGGACUAG